AUGAAUGUGUCAUCAAGUAAUGUGACUGUGGUUAUACAGUAUCGAGACUCCUUCAGUAAAGCUGUGACAAAGAAUGUGAUUGUUGUCGUUCUCGGGAUCUCCAUCAACUACAUCAAUGCAAGCCUUAUUCGAACCUUCCGAAAACACCAGGUCUUCUACACGAAUCCUCGGUACAUCCUGUUUUGUCACCUGGUGGUCAACGACAUGAUCCAAGUGACACUGACCGUCAUGUUGUUCCUCCUCAGCUACAUCCUUUAUAAAAUAAAUGUAUCUCUCUGCUGUUUAUUCAUUCUGCUCGCACUGUUCACCACUGAAAACACCCCACUGAACCUGGCUUGCAUGGCAGUAGAGUGCUACAUCGCCAUUUGCAUCCCCCUUCGCCAUACACAGAUCUGCACCGUCAGGAGAACCUUACAGCUGAUCGGGUUGAUCUGGCUGACUAGCAUGCUUUCUGUGCUUCCUGAUCUCUUCAUCAGCUUGGCCACAGAGUCACGUGAAUUCUUUGCUUCCCAAGUGUUCUGCCUUAGAGAAACUGCUUUCAGGAAUCCACACAUUAUCAAGAAAAGGAAUGUUACCUAUAUUGUGUAUCUUGUUUUAGUUUGGCUUGUCAUUUUUUUCACUUACUUUAAAAUCCUAUUUACAGCAAAAACAGCAAGCAAAGAUACCAGGAAAGCCAGAAACACUAUAAUCCUCCAUGGGUUUCAGCUGUUGUUGUGCAUGGCAACAUAUGCAGUACACUUGCUAAAAACUGCUUUGAUGGAAUGGUUCCCAAAGAAUUAUCCAGACUCCCUUUUUGCAUGCUAUAUUAUUAUACAAAUGCUGCCUCGAUCCAUAAGUCCACUUAUUUACGGUGUUCGAGACAGCACUUUUAGGAAGUACCUCAGUAGACACAUGCUCUGUCAAGUGAGUCCACAAUAG